AUGGCCCUGGGUGAGGUGGAGCUGGUAUUCCCCAACAAUGACCCUGCAGCAUCCAUGGUGGCUUUCUAUGGCUGCCUGCUGGCUGAAGACGUUCCCUUGCCCAUCGAAGUGCCCCUCACGCAAAAGGACGCAGGCAGCCAGCAGAUCGGGUUCUUGCUGGGAAGCUGUGGGGUGACGGUAGCCUUGACGAGUGAUGUCUGCCACAAAGGGCUGCCAAAAAAUCCGACCGGGGAGAUCCCACAGUUCAAAGGUUGGCCAAAGCUCUUAUGGUUUGUCACAGAGUCAAAAUUUCCCUCUAAACCUCCUCGGGAUUGGUUCCCACACAUUAAGGAUGCAAAUAAUGACACUGCAUAUAUCAAGUACAAGACAUGCAAGGACGGAAGCGUGCUCGGGGUGACUGUGACCGGGAUCGCAUUUCUCACCCACUGCCAGGCCCUCACCCAGGCCUGUGGCUACAUGGAAGCUGAAAUGAUUGUGAAUGUGUUGUAUUUCAAGAAAGACGCUGGGCUCUGGCAUGGAAUCCUAACAGUAAACGACAGCAACCAGCUCCCGGGCCGAGGCGUUCUCUCCAUGAAUGGCCUGACCUACGGGGUCAUCCGAGGGGACUCGGAAGAGAAGCUGCCUGUACUCACUGUGCAGGACGUCGGCCUCGUGAUGCCUGGAGCCAUCAUGUGUUCGGUGAAGCCGGAUGGGAUUCCUCAGCUGUGCCGGACGGACGAGGUCGGGGAGCUCUGCGUGUGUGCAGUUGCUACGGGCACAUCCUAUUACGGGCUUUCGGGGAUGACCAAGAACGCCUUCGAGGUGUUCCUGGUGAUGAGCUUGGGGGCCCCGGUCAGCGAGUACCCCUUCGUGAGGACAGGCCUGCUGGGCUUCGUUGGCCCCGGGGGGCUCGUCUUCACGGUGGGCAAGAUGGAUGGGCUGAUGGUGGCCAGCAGGCGCGGACACAAUGCCGACAACAUUGUGGCCACUGUGCUGGCCAUGGAGCCCAUGAAGUUUGUCUACCGAGGAAGGAUCACCGUGUUUUCGGUGACCGUCCUACACGACGAGAGGAUAGUGAUUGUGGCUGAGCAGAGGCUGGACUCCACGGAGGAGGACAGCUUCCAGUGGAUGAGCAGGGUGCUGCAGGUGAUCGACAGCAUACACCAAGUUGGGGUUUACUGUCAGGCCUUGGUUCCGGCCAACACCUUCCCCAAAACCCCACUCGGGGGGGUCCAUUUGUCCAAAAUGAAGCAGCUUUUCCUGGAGGGCUCGCUUCAUCCCUGCAACAUCCUGAUGUGCCACCACACGUGCGUCACCAACCUGCCUAAGCCUCGGCAGAAGCAGCCAGAAAUCAGCCCUGCCUCUGUUGUGGUGGGGAACCUGAUGUCUGGGAAGCAGAUUGCACAGGCCAGUGGCAGAGACCUGGGCCAGACAGAAGACAACAACCAGGCCUGGAAGCUCCUGUUCCUCUCGGAGGUCCUGCAGUGGAGGGCACAGAACCCUGACCACGUGCUGUACACGCUGCUCAACGGCAGGGGAACGAUAGCAAACUCGCUGACUUGUGUCCAGAUGCACAAAUGGGCUGAGAAGAUAGCCAUGAUGCUGAUGCAGAGGGGGCACCUGCAGGACGGGGACCACGUUGCUCUGGUCUACCAGUCCCGAAUAGACCUCAUCGCAGCGUUUUAUGGCUGCCUGUACGCAGGGUGUGUGCCAAUAACUGUCCGUCCUCCACACCCGCAGAACAUCGCAACCACGCUGCCUACGGUGAAGAUGAUCGUGGAGGUGAGCCGCUCUGCCUGUUUGAUGACAACACAACUGAUCUGUAAAUUGUUGCAGUCCAGGGAGGCAGCUGCAGCCACAGAUGUCAGGGCAUGGCCCCAUAUACUGGACACAGAUGAUUUGCCAAAGAAGUGGCCCACCCAGAUCUACAAACCUUCCAACCCAGACAUGCUAGCCUAUCUUGAUUUUAGUGUGUCCACAACUGGGAUGCUAGCUGGAGUGAAGAUGUCACACGCAGCCACCUGUGCCUUCUGCCAUUCCAUUAAGCUGCAGUGUGAGCUCUACCCCUCUAGGGAAGUGGCCAUCUGCUUGGACCCUUACUGUGGACUCGGGCUUGUGCUCUGCUGCCUCUGCAGAUGA